GCAGUUUCAAAACGUACGCGCAGAGACAGCCCAGGCAAAAACAACACACUGCAACCUUCUCUCUCUCUUUUCGUUGCUAUUACUAUUCAGUUUCUCUCUAAUAUUUGAGGAGGUCCCAAUCAACAGUGCCUUAGCAUACCAACUGAUAUAAUUGAUGCCAAAGAUUUGAUUUUUAGUCCUAUUUGUUUUGUUAGAAUAAGAGGAGGGAUUUAUCAGAUGCUGAGUUUCACCAGGAUAAGAACUCAGCAGAGGUCCAAUAGAUCCAUGUCUUUAGGCGGCAUGGAUUAUGCAGACCCCAAGAAGAAGAACAGUUUGCUCGGAAAAAUCAUGAUGGUUUCAGCUCUUACUGCAUUAUGCAUUCUUAUGCUCAAGCAAUCUCCAAAUUUCAACACUCCAAGCCAAUUUUCGAGUCAUGAACCGGGAGUGACUCACGUUUUACUAACCGGAGGUGCCGGUUACAUUGGUUCACAUGCUGCAUUACGGCUUCUUAAGGAAUCAUAUCGUGUGACAAUAGUGGAUAAUCUCUCACGUGGAAAUCUCGGUGCUAUUAAUGUUCUGCAAAAGCUUUUCCCUCAACCUGGGAGGCUUCAGUUUAUUUAUGCUGAUCUUGGUGAUGCAAAAACGGUGAACAGAAUUUUCUCAGACAAUGCAUUUGACGCGGUUAUGCAUUUUGCUGCUGUCGCAUAUGUUGGGGAGAGUACACUUGAUCCUCUCAAAUAUUAUCACAAUAUCACGUCAAACACACUUGUCGUAUUGGAAGCUAUGGCAGCACAUGGAGUGAAUACUCUAAUUUAUUCAAGUACAUGCGCUACAUACGGUGAACCUGAAAAGAUGCCCAUUACAGAAGAAACUCUGCAGCUUCCCAUAAAUCCAUACGGGAAGGCCAAGAAAAUGGCAGAAGAUAUAAUUCUGGAUUUCCACAAAAAUUCUGAUAUGGCUGUCAUGAUUUUAAGAUACUUUAAUGUGAUUGGUUCUGAUCCUGAGGGAAGGCUUGGUGAAGCCCCUCGGCCCGAAUUACGCGAACAUGGACGAAUAUCAGGUGCUUGUUUCGAUGCGGCUCGUGGGAUUAUUCCGGGGCUUAAGGUUAAAGGAACCGAUUACAAGACUCCAGAUGGGACAUGCAUACGGGAUUACAUUGACGUUACUGAUCUGGUUGAAGCUCACGUUAAAGCUCUGGAGAAAGCAAAACCCGGGAAAGUUGGCAUUUAUAACGUCGGUACAGGAAAAGGAAGAUCAGUGAAGGAGUUUGUGGAGGCUUGCAAGAAAGCAACCGGGAUGGCUUUGAAAGUCGAUUUUCUUCCCAGGCGAGCUGGGGACUAUGCGGAAGUAUACAGUGACCCCACCAAAAUCAAGAACGAACUAAAUUGGACUGCAAAAUACACUAACCUUCAGCAAAGUCUACAGAUCGCGUGGAGAUGGCAAAAGGCACAUCUUCACGGUUACGAAACAACCCCUCUUUUAACAUCAGCGUAAAUAUAAAUAUGAUAAAGCUCUUUGAAGUUCGCCUUACAUUAGACGAGUAGUUUUUUUUUUUUUUUUUCCUUUUUUUUUUUUUGAAGUUUUUAACAGUGUUUAGAGGGAGAGGUUUGAUGUAAUUCUUUUUACAUCUCUAUAUUUUGAGGGGCUGAAUAAUUUAUAUGGCUGUUUUUGGUAGCUAUAGCCUUGCAUAUUUGAGGUUUUUGUGCACCAUGAAAGACUCAGUAAAUGAGUCUGUUAAUAAGAUUAAAAGGGGUGCAAAACGCCUACUUUCUGCUACCAUUCUAUGCACAAAUGAAAGACUCAAUAAUAGACCGAU